CUUAUAUUAUCAAAUUAUUGUAAACAAAAUUGCUUUGUUUUCUUAUUAAACCUCUGUUAACUGUCGUUUGGUCUUAUCGCAUUGACCUUGUGAUAUCAAAUAUUAAUGUGUUUAUCAUUAGAAAUAUUCGGAUAUCAUAAAGGAGGUAACCAUAUCCAUUCCAUCAUCUCCGGUAGAUACUGCAUCAAGACACAAUAAUGAUGAACAUCCAGAUGUUCGGGUUGUUGAGCUGAAGCAUUUAAGAGAACAAUAUUACGAAAAUGAAAUCGAUGUUGGUUUAGAUAUGACUUCGAUUAGAACAUUGAUGUUGUUGGACAAAACCUUGAACCAAAUGACGCUAUUUCCUCAAGAACAUAAUGCAGAGGAUAACGAUCAAAGUUUGCAACGUCUGUCCCUGGCUCAUGAACGAAUGCACUCAAUGCCGAAAAUUUUACUCGAAGAAGUAGCGCCAACUGUGAAAAUUUUGGAUAUUAGUCAUAACGAAUUUGAAAAAUUGGAUUUUUUAGAACAGUUUCAAGAACUAACAACUUUAAUAUGUGACCACAAUGAUAUUACGUCUAAUCAAAAUUUGCCGUUUCUGCCAAAACUCGAAUUACUGUGGAUGAAUAAUUGUAAAAUUUUGGAUUUAUAUCGUUGGGUAUAUCGAUUAAGUAGUUCUUGUCCUAAUUUGAAAUAUUUGUCACUUAUGGGCAACCCAGGUCUACCAUUUUAUAUAAAUGGAGGAUCAAAUGUUGAGCAAAUGAGAUACAGAUUAUUUCUCUUGUCCCUUUUCCCAAAGUUAGUCCACCUGGAUGACAAGCCCGUCACUGAAGACGAGCGUAAGAAGUCACGUAAGCUCUACCAGAAAGAUGUUCUGGAACUUAUUGCAACCAAAGCACAGCAAACUAUGCCGGAUUAUAUGCGAAGGAUGUCACAAAGGAUGUCGCAGCAAAUGGCAGUAAUGUUAUCAUGUGUUGGAACCUCGAAUUCAGAAACCGAAACCAAAAAUUUUAUUGUUUAAUAUUACAUACUUAUUAUUUUUUAUUCAGUAUUUUAAUAAAGAACAUUUUUGUACAAA